AUGGCGACCUCGUGGAGUCCGCAGCCUGAAGGCAUCGCGGAGCUCGUCGAACUAUUUCGUCAGUCGACCAGCACAGAACGUGAGGUGCAACGGCGCAUCGCGCAUCGUCUGGAUGCUAUAAGCCAAAUUCCCGACUACCUAAACUAUCUCGUGCUGGUGUUUGUCCAGAUGACAAAUGAGGAGAUCUCAACUCGAUCUGUCGCUGGCCUGCUGGCGAAGAACCAUCUGUACUUCAACUCGCAGCGAGUAUCGCCUGAGUCGCUAGAGUUUGUCAAGCAUAUGAUUCUUCCAGCUCUCUCGUUCAGCGAUACAGUGCUUCGAAAUGUCGCGUCUCAGAUUGUUGCUGUGCUGAUGCAGGUACUCAAGCCAGCCAACUGGAUUGAGGGCCUGUCAUCGUUGACGCAGGCGAUGGACUCGAGCCAUACGGAGGAGGCUGAGGCAGCGCUCAGUACGUUUGCGAAAAUCAGCGAAGACAUGCCGGAAGAGCUCGAUGCAUGCGAGAUCCAAGGCAUGCGUCCACUAGACGUUCUUAUCCCUAAACUGCUGCAGGCAACGGCACAUACAGAUACACGCAUCCGCGUACAUGCACUAAACAGUCUGAACCAAUACAUCCAAAUUGGCUCGCCAUCGAUGAACGCGAACAUGGACGGCUACAUUGCAGUGCUAUUCCAGCGUGCGACGGACGAGCGUCCGGUUGUACGCAAGUUUGUGUGCAAAGCACUUGUGUAUGUGCUGACGACGUGGCCAGAGAAACUGGCGCCCGACAUGAACAAUGUCGUAGAGUACAUGCUGUAUUCGACGCAAGACAAAGAUGAAGAUGUUGCGCUAGAGGCGGCCGAGUUCUGGCUGCAGUUCUCCGAAGAGCCGCGGCUUGUUGAGCAGCUGCGUCCGAAUUUGCCACGUAUCAUCCCUGUGUUGCUCAAGUGCAUGGUGUACAGUGAACUGAGCUUGUUGAUGAUGGGCGAUAUUGGCGAUGAUGCCGCGCAGCCGGACCGCCCUGAGGAUAUCAAGCCUCGUCACUACGGUGGAACGACGCAUCGAAGUGAACAUAUGGAGUCGUCAGACGCGACGACGCACAAGUCACGCGCCGCGAUUGAUGUCGAGUUUGACGAGGAGGACGCGAAUGACGGUGACGAUGACGACGAGGAUGAUUUCGAUGACGACGACGAUUUUGACGAUGAUGACGAGGCUGGCAGCUGGAACCUGCGAAAGUGCUGUGCAGCUGCACUCGAUGUACUUGCUGUACAGUUCCGCGACGAUAUUUUGCCGACGCUCUUACCCCUACUCAAAGAUCGUCUGUUUAGCGACGACUGGCUACAGCGCGAGGCGGGGAUCUUGGCGCUGGGUGCUGUGGCGGAGGGAUGCAUCGAUGGCAUGACGCCGCAUUUGCCGACGCUUGUGCCGCUGCUUGUCAAUACACUGCAAGAUCCGCAGCCGCUCGUGCGAUCUAUCACGUGUUGGACAUUGGGCCGCUACUCGAACUGGUGUGCUGGUGAAGCCAUCGAGCACCAGCAACAGUACUUCGUGCCGGUGCUUGAGGGCCUGUUGUCCAUGGUACUGGACAACAACAAGCGCGUUCAGGAAGCAGGCUGCAGUGCGUUUGCGACGCUGGAGGAGGAAGUCGGGCAGGCUCUCGCACCCUUUCUUUCGCCCGUGCUGCGUGCGCUUGUGAUGGCGUUCGACAAGUAUCAUCAAAAGAACAUGUUGAUUUUGUAUGAUGCUGUCGGUACACUGGCUGACAGUGUGGGACCAGCGCUAAACCAGCCAGAAUACAUUGAUAUGCUGAUGCAGCCAUUGACGGCAAGAUGGGCAUCGUUGGAUGACACGGAUCCGGAUCUCAUCCCUUUGCUGGAGUGCAUGGCGUCAGUCACCAUUGCCAUGGGGCCAGGUUUCCAGCCUCACGCCGUGCCUGUGUUCCAGCGAUGUGUAAACAUCAUUCAUCAGAACCUUGUUGCAUACGAGCAGGCCAUGACGCAGCCGUCGACGGCUGAUGACGAGCUACCGGAUCGCACGUUUUUGAUCGUGGCGCUGGAUCUCCUUAGUGGCCUGUGCCAGGGGCUCGGUGUUCAGAGUCAGGAACUUGUCGCGAAUGUCCAGCCAUUAAUUCUUCCUCAGCUGCUGCCGUGUCUGACCAAUAUUGAGCCACCCGUGCGCCAAUCGGCGUUUGCACUGCUAGGUGACUUGGCCAUCAAUGCGUUCCCCCAACUGAAACCAUACCUCCCGACGCACAUGCCGUUGAUUCUGUCGCAGAUCAGUCCAGAGCAGAUGCACGAGACUUUAUCUGUCUGCAACAAUGCGACGUGGGCAGCCGGUGAGAUUGCCCUGCAGAGCCAUUCCGAUCCGGACUUCCAGGUCUGGGUUCCUGAGCUGUUAACCAAGUUGAUGGCGGUGCUUAUGCAUCCCAAGUGUGUCAAAAGUCUAUCGGAAAAUGCGGCUGUUACGAUUGGUCGGCUUGGUCUCGUGGGCCACACCCAUUGUGGCGCAGCAGCUGCCUGUGUUUAUUGA